AUGAAGAUGGACAGGCGCAAGCGUAUUAGCAUGCGCGGCCACGCGCACGCCGGAAGCCGCGCGCGCAAUAUGGCCGCGAACUCACAUCCAAGAUGGCGGCGCACUUACGAUGAAUCGAUAAUUAGCGGCGAUAAACGAUUUCAUAUUUCCAAUACACUGCGCCUUAACAAACAAGAUGUGAUGUACCCUCGGUACCGCUUCAAUGCGCUAUUCCUCGCCCAGUUGUCACGCUGGCACGGACGAAUG